GAAAUGAAUAGUCCCUGAAAUGUGACAAGUUCCUCUGCGUAAAUAAAAAACUCAUUAGGUUCAAAUAUUAAAGAAGCAAACUAAGACAUUAUGAAAGUUUAAUCCUUGAUUCAAUAUUUAUUUGUCAAAUGGUUUGGGGGAGUUUCUUUUUUUCACUGUACAGCCUUGCCAACAUAAAAUCAUAAUGAAAAGCCAGGAGCACAGAGUGGAGUUCAAUGCUGCACGUUUGUCCCUGCCACAAACCAGGUCUCUGCCUAUGUCUCUGGUAUCUCACAGGUUGAUCAUGAUGUCCCUCUGGGCUCAGGAAUGUGUUCAUACUCCCCAGGAUCUACAUGCACUUACUUGUACAGUCAAACAUUCAAGCAACAUUAAAUGCCCUUCCAUACAUGAAAAUACAAUUCACGCCAACUCUCAUGGAACUUGAUGUCACGGAGCAUAAAGGCAAGUAAAUAACACAACCACAAUACAAACUUGCUGCCACAGGGCAACAUUACUAGCACUAAGGAACCAACCUUAUGGGGCUGAAUAGCAGCGCAGCUUUAGAGGGCAAAGAAAACUUCCUGGAAAAGGCAGCUUCAAGGAUAAAUGGUAGCUGGUAAAACCAAGAAGUAGAACGGCUACAGGUGGGUGGAACAGCACACAAAAGGCAGGACAGAAAGUCCCACGUGGCUGCAAUGGAAAGUAAGAUGGAAAAAGUGACUGCAGACCCCAGCUUUAUACUAAUUUGCCCCUGGAUGCCUCUCUAAGAAGCUGACAAUUCAGAAAUAAGGAUGUCGUAUAUGGGAACAGACUCAAGUCUUAAUGAGAAGGCUCCUCUAGAUGCAACCUUGAUUUUAACAGCAUGGGAAAACUUGUCACAGGCUAUAUGAAAUAAGGCAAAGGACAGACUGGGUCUGUGGAUAAGAGGUUCUAUCCGGCUGAAAUAUCACACUGGCAUAUGAAACACAACUACACAAAUUUAAAAACUGAUGGGUUGUAAUUCAUCAAUGAAGAAGUUGUAUUUAGUGACUAAAUCAAGGUAGUCACCUCAUAAGAAGUUACUGCAGUAGCUAGGGGACACAAAGGAAGAUAGUAAACUCCUAAAGAAGCUAGGCUUGGCUGUCGAUGAGUUCUCUGGGUUGUCUAGGACCCUCUCUGGCUCCCAAUUUCCUCAUCUACGUAAGAAAUAGUUACUGUGGUUGUCUACAAUGCUUCUAGAACCCAUUAUUCUGGUAGGUUGUAGAGUACUGUAGUCACAAGUAUUUUAUCACCAAAGAAAAAGACUUUAGCACCUUUUUAAGAGCACAGGCUCUCAAACUCAUAUUCAAAAAAGCAAAUGUACUUAAAUUCAGGUACUUUUAAAAGUUGACAAAUUAUGCAUAACCGAAUAUGGAGAAAUAAGCAAAUGAGAUGAUAUCUUUUUUAAAGAAAAGAGAAAGUUAAGAAAAUAAAUAUAACCAUGCAGGCAAUGAUUUGGUUACUCAACUUCCCUUUCUGUUGGUUUCAUUUCACUUCUUAGGUUAAAACACUUCUAAUAUGUAAAUUAUUCCACUGAAGACUUCCAGAGUCCUUUUGUGAGACUGCAGGGUUAUUUAUGCAAAAGAAAUUAUAUCUAGACUUCCAUAUAAUACAAUGCUUUUAUGAAGCACUGGGGAGUUACAAAAUAAAGCAAACCAAAGUGGAUAAAUGUACAUGGCAAAACAGAAGCAAAUAAUUGAGGACUCCAAUUUUUACUUACAUUAGGUUUAAGUAGUAAAAAGUAGAUAUCCUAUGAUUUUAGGAACUUGGUAAUAAAGACACAUCUUAGGAGUAUCAACCAAGUGUCAGGUGCUUUGUUAAGCACUUAGGAUUCUGGAUUAGAGUCCUCACAGAAGGGUAUUAUAUAUUUUAAUUGUAUAGAAACUAAGUAGAAAGAAAAAGUAACUAGACAAAGUCACCUAGCUUAGAAAAUUAAAGAGACUAGACUUUGAACCCUGUACUGCUCAACAUCAAAUCUCCUCUUCCUAUAAAUGGUGCUGGCUUAAAACAUCAAAGUAAACAGUUAAUUGAAGAAAUUCCCCCUUUUCAUGUAACUCUUAACUAUAUGCCACCAUUUUAAGAGGAGCCUAUGCUAAGCAUGACUUUAUAAACAAAUCACUUGGGAAAGAGAAAAACCACAUUCAGGGUGAAGUCGAAAGUUGAAAUGCUUUAUUUCAGAGAGCACUUCCUGAAAGAGUUAGAACAGCAAUUAACAGCUCAAAGGUGCCAAUUCCUACAACUAGCACUGUAUCUGAAAAAAUCUUUUAAAGAAACAAGAGAGACAAAAGAAAUCAGCAUUUCUGAAAAGCACCAUUUCCAGACAGCGCUACUUUAGCCCAAGCAGCUCCGGAGACACCAAUUUUACAGAACUGGGCAAACAGGAGAAUGUUAACCUCUAAGGCAACCCUUUGAUGGACAGGAGUUUGUAAGUAUCAUGCCUACCAAGCUAUACGAUGACUACUCCAAGCAAUCAAGAUCAAACUGUCCCUUCUAAUAGCUCACAUUCAGACGAAUACACAAUUGCAGCCCUUAUCUUCUACAGCUGCAUCUUCCUGAUUGGAUUAGUUGUUAAUGUCACUGCAUUAUGGGUUUUCAGUUGUACCACCAAGAAAAGAACCACUGUAACUAUUUAUAUGAUGAAUGUGGCACUACUGGACUUAAUAUUUAUAAUGAGUCUACCCUUUCAAAUGGUUUACUAUGCAAAAGGUGAAUGGCCAUUUGGAGAGUACUUUUGCCACAUUCUUGGGGCUCUUGUAGUGUUUUAUCCAAGUAUUGCUCUAUGGCUUCUUGCUUUAAUUAGUGCUGACAGAUACAUGGCCAUUGUACAGCCAAAAUAUGCCAAAGAACUUAAGAACACGUGCAAAGCUGUGACUGCCUGUGUGGGGGUCUGGAUAAUGACUCUGAUGACCAUGGUUCCUCUGCUACUGCUCUAUGAAGACCCAGAUAAAGCCUCCUCCCCUGCCAGCUGCCUAAAGAUUUCUGACAUCAUCCAUUUAAAAGCAGUCAAUGUGCUGAACUUCACUCGACUGAUAUUUUUCUUUUUGAUCCCUUUGUUCAUCAUGAUUGGGUGCUAUAUGGUUAUUAUUCACAGUCUCCUCCAUGGUAGGACAUCUAAGCUGAAACCCAAGGUCAAGGAGAAGUCCAUACGGAUCAUCAUCACACUCCUGCUGCAGGUGCUCAUUUGCUUCAUGCCCUUCCACAUCUGUUUUGCUUUCCUGAUGCUGGACGGGGAAGAAAACAGUUACAAACCCUGGGGAGCUUUCACCACCUUCCUCAUGAACCUCAGCACCUGUCUGGAUGUGAUUCUCUACUACAUUGUUUCCAAACAAUUUCAGGCUCGCGUCAUUAGCGUCAUGCUGUACCGCAAUUACCUGAGGAGUGUUCGCAGAAAAAGUUUCCGAUCUGGGAGUGUACGGUCACUAAGCAACAUAAACAGUGAACUGUUAUGAACAGGAGGAAGCUGUUUUUCUCUGAUCUCUUUAAAAUUCAUUUUCCAACUACUCUAGGGUAAGUGGAUAGUCUAUAUGAUAGUAUCAAGUCCCUUCUAUGGUAAAAACAAAAAAAAAAGAAACCUUUUUAAAUCUUUUGUGGAAUCUUAUCAUUGCAGCAACAUGAUUAAAUAUUCUGAGUAUUUUAAACUCAUUUUUAUUUUAAAACGUAUAGAAAACAUUUUCAUGAAUUAUUAGAAGAAAAACACA